AAUGUGAAGUGAGUGUGAGUGAGAGGCAGUCCUGGGAUAUUCACCAGUAGUUGCCUGCACUGCUUAGCUGCUCACAGCAGAGCGUUGUCUGGGGCAAGAGGGCAGCAGGCCAUGCAUGAACACAUAGGCAGACAAGGGGAGAUGAUGGUGCCCAGCUGCUUUUAGGAACCGAAGAGCUGUCCAUGUUUUCACUACUAGCCCUUCUCUGUCUUUGCUAACAGAGAGCACUGGGACUUUUGCUCACUCAUACAACAGUUUCUAGGUUUUCCAUCUAACUGCAUCUCCUGAAGUCAACUCAUUUUUUUUUCUCUUAAAAAUGGGUUGCUCCUCAUCCAGUGCACAGACUGUUGACCAGGAGAAAAGACCAGGUACAAAGCCAGAGGAGAGCAAUGGAGAUACUUUGGCCGUCAGAAAUGGCAUCAUUGCAGAAGAUGCAGAAACCAUCGAGGACCAGAUGCAGCUGCCUGUGCAGAGUGCCUUACCAGAUGAUGUGCAGCCAGGAGCUGACGAUGAAGCUGAGGCUGUGCUAGUGGCCCUUGAGGCCCAGGAGGAUCUGGGUUCCGGGGAGGACCUCCUGGCUGCUCCAGAACCAAAACCAGAGCCAGCACCAGACGCCCCCACAGAAGUUUCUGCUGAACCUGUGACCGCUACAGCAGUGGUGGAAGUGGUGCCACCAAAGGAGGAAGCUGCUCCAGUAGAAACUGUAGAGAGUGAGGCUGCUCCUGAGGUUGAAGCUGUUGUUGAGGCUAAAGAGGAAGCCCCUGCUGCUGAACCUGUUGUAGCAGCACUGACAGAGGCCCCUGCUGUUGUGGCAGAGGCAGCUGACGUGCCAGCUGAGGCCCCUGCUGAAGUUGCUACCCCUGCUAUUGAACCUGUUGUAGCAGUGCAGGCAGAGGCCCCUGUUGUGGUUGAGGCGGCCACGGUGGCAGCUGAGGCUCCUGUUGAAGCUAUUGCCUCUGUGCAGGCGGAGGCUCCGGUUGAAAAUGCUGCAGUAGCUGAGGCCUCAGCACCAGUUGGAGAGAAAAUAAUAGAUGUAGAGAUUGCUGCAGCAACUGUUCCAGAGAUGCCAUCUGUAGCUCCAGUUGCAGUAGAGACCCCGGCCGAGCCUCAGCCUGCUGCUGAAGACACCAAAGACAUCACUACUGCCCCUGCUGAGGCAGAGGCAGCCUCAGCUCCAGGUCCUCAAGCUGAAUCUGCUGCUGUUGAGGCUGUCAAGGAGGCUGAGGCUCCUGAAUCCACACCAGUAGUUUCAGAAACCCCUGCAGAGGCAGCACCCGCUGCCCCUGAUGUGGUACCAGCAACAGCUUCAGAGCCUGCAGUGGACAGUGCAGCCCCAGCAGAAGCUCCUGUGGUCGUGCCUGCUCCAGCUGACCCAGCUCCUGCUGCCCCUGAACCCACACCACAGGCAGAGGUGGGGGUGCCAGCAGCUGAGGCCUCUCAGGAAACAGAGAGUGAGAAAGCCAAAAAGGAGGACUGAACUGACAUGGAUUUGGGACCUUUUGCAGAAGAGACCUACCAAAAUAAUGAAAACACCCCAAAGAUGCAAGUGUAAAGGCAACUGGAGAACAAGAACAUGAAGCAACAAAACAAUACAUUUAAUAUCAAAAUUGUCUUAUCACAGCUCACUAAACGGUACACCAGCUACAUUAACAUGUCUGGUUAGGCUCACACACCUCAGUGCCUUAAUACAUCGUUAUUCAGGAAAGAUUAAGAUUUUUCUCCCUGUAUUUGUAAAUAUAAUCCUUUGCACCUGUGAUAUAAUACAGUUUUUUUUAAAAUAGAGAAAUUAAGUGCCUGGACUCACAUACAUUGAUCAUAGUGUAUGUGCAGUGAAAACACUCACGAUAGGCUAGGUGAAGCAAAAGGAUGCAAUACUCAGAAAAACUGUGAAGCCCUGGUUCAGAUUGUAUUGCCUUACUCUCUUAUCAAUGACAGACCAGUAAUGUACUGAAACGGCUUUGUGUGAGGAGGCCUGGCUACAAGAAUCCACAUCUACUUCAGUUCGCUGCUUCUGUGAGGAAUACAAGCCAAACACAUUGCAACUGUGAAUGAAAUGAUGCAAACUGCUCUAAGUUAUGAACCGAACUGGACGGUGACAGAAACACUGGCUAAAUUUACACUGCCAGCUAAAAUCUGAUGUCCCCCCCCCCCCCCCCCCACCUAAAUGUGACAGAUCUGAGCUUCAGUUUCCAUGUGUUUUUCAUCAGUUACAAAAAAAAAAAAAAAACACAUUUUACUGACAUGGAUGACAUUUUUAGAUUUGUUGGAGUGUAAAUUCUGCCAUAAUCCCACAUUUUUGUUUUUGAGUUUACACAGAUUUUAAUUACAGCCUUGCUAAUAAGGUUUAUUUAACAGAAAUGACAAUACUAAGGGUUGAGUAUUAGAGACAGAGUGUACAGUAUGAUGUUGAUAAGAGUUUCUUGAUGUCGCAUGCAUCCUUUUUUUUUUUUUUUUUUUUUACUUUUUUUCCUGCUGUUUUAUCAUCACUUUGUUACGCUUUAUGGAGGAAUCAUGAUUGCAAUAUUUGUGUUCUGAAGAUGCGUGAAAGGAGGAAGAAAUGUACCAUAUGUGGAAAUGAUGCGUGAAACCUCUCACAGGCUGAGGAUGUAGAAGAUCCAGGUUUAUUUAUUGACAUGCCAUCUUGCUGUUUCACGAGGCCAUUUUGCUGCAGCUGUAGAGUGACGCAUCACUUAGAGGGCAUAAUAUUUAAUGCACCAUUGUUUCUACAUUCUGUGCUGCAAAAGUGUAAAGUUCCUAGAAAACAUUAGCUUACUUGUGUGAGAUGGGAUGGAAGUUGUGGGAUGUUUGUUUUGAUGUCUGAUGAUCUCUCUUUAUCUAUUCAAGUCCUUGGAAGUGCUUAUUCUUCUGUAAUAUAUCCAUUCUCUGAGCUUUAGCUGUGAUGCCGCUAACCUUUUAGUGUACAGAAUAAAUAAAGUCUUACCUACUAAUAA